AUGUCGGAUGUGUCGAACUACUUUUCAGCUUGGGAGACCCUGCCAGAGGACGAACCUCAGCUGUGCAUCGCAGUUCGACGCCCAGAGUCACCUCCACGCCACUAUGAGGCGGUAAACCGUUGUGGAGGAGUAGAAUAUUCUGUGUCGUCAAAUGAGGAUUCGGCAAGGAGUCGUAUAUUCACGCGCUAUUCCUAUGACUAUGACGUGGGUUUGAAAGCGGCAGGAAAGAAAUAUUUGGUAGAAUUGUAUUGUUCGGUUCACCGUAACACGUGGGACACUCGGCAGUUUGAAAAUACCUCCUUUACUAUCAGUGCUCCCGUUGCUUGUCGAUCAUUUUAA